AUGGUGACAAUUCAAGCUACGGAAAGGCCUUUCGAGAUCCAUGAAGCUCAUUAUUCUGAUGCCAUCUACUUCACCAAACUGGCUGUCGAAGAAACUCUCACCACCUCUAAGCCUCGGGGGGUCAAAAUUCCUCGUUGGGAGGAUAUCAAAGAUGACAAGGAGCCAAGGACAGAAUCAAUCACCGACUCCGAGUCAAAAGAAGAGCCUCCUGAUAAUGACAUAGUGAUAAAGCCUAAAGUGGCUCCAGAAUGCAUGCAAGAUGGGCCGAAGCCUCAGCCUGAACAACUUAUUGAAAUAGAUCUGAGUGAUGGACAAGAUGCUCAAAGGCCGGUAUUCAUAAGUUCGAGCCUUAGCCUAGAGAGGCAGGAACAGUUGUUAAAGUUGAUAAGCCGGUAUUCAGAUGUGUUCGCUUGGUCAUAUAAGGAAAUGCCCGGACUAGAUCCUGACCUAGUCUCCCAUUAUCUUGAUGUGUUCCCAAACUCCAAGCCAAUUAAGCAAGCUGCUCGAAAAUAUCAUCCAGAUCUCGAAGAGAAGAUUAAGGAGGAGAUUGAAAAACUUCAACAAGCUAAUUAUGUUGAUGAUCUAGCGGUGAAAUCCAAGAAAGAAAAGGACCAUCUCCGAGACCUUGAGAAAGUAUUCAAGAGGUGCUGGAAAUUCAAAAUGAGGAUGAAUCCUCUCAAAUGUGCUUUCGGGGUGACAGCCGGGAAGUUCCUCGGGUUUCUUGUACAUAGGCAUGGUAUCGAGGCAGAUGAAGACAAUGUCAAGUCUAUCAAAGCAAUGCCUCCCCCACAUUCUCAGAAGGAGUUAAAGAAGUUCCUCGGGAAGGUGUCUUGUAUUCGGAGGUUUAUCCCAGCACUUGCAGAGAUCUCUGCCCCUUUCGGUUCAUUGUUAAAAGGAGAUGCCAAGUUCGAGUGGAACCAAGAGCACCAAAAGGCCUUCGAGAGAAUCAAGGCAGCCUUGACCUCGCCUCAGACCAUGAUAGCCCCACAGCCCGGGGUGCCGCUAAUGUUGUACUUAACUUCAACCCCCAAGUCCAUAGGGGCACUAUUGGUCCAAGAUAUAGAUGGAGCAGAACGCCCGGUGUAUUACAUCAGCCGGAAGAUUCGAGGAGCAGAAGUCCAAUAUACUCCGAUAGAGAGACAUUGCUUAGCUUUGGUAUUUACCGCCCAAAAGCUCAAACAUUACUUCUUAGCACACACUUCGAAGAGAAAGCCAACUCAAGCAGCUCCUUACUCCCUUGUGUAUGGGUCUGAGGCAGUGUUACCUAUAGAGUUGGAAACACCAUCUGCUCGGAUGGCUCUCGCCUCGGGGAUGGUAUUGGAGCCUCGAACCACCAGAUUGGAAGCAUUAGAGGAAAAGCAUGACAGAGCUGCAAAAGUCAUGGAAAGGUAUCAUGAGUCCAUCGCCCGAGCCUAUAACCAGACUGUGGUACCAAGGAAGUUUGAAGAAGGUGAUCUAGUAUGGAAGAUUGUAGACCCAAUUAUGCGAGGACAGCCUUUGCCCAAGUUUUCUCCAAAAUGGGAAGGGCCCUACAAGGUGGUUCAGGCAAGCUCAAGCGGGUACUACAAACUUUUGUAUUUGGAUUUCCAUUGUUCGAAUAAUGAAGCCGAGUAUGAGGCUCUUAUUUUGGGCUUGAUAGCAGCUGAGAAGCACAAUAUCAAGAAGAUUCGGAUUCGGGGGGACUCAAAGUUGAUAGUGAAGCAAAAGGUCGAAAUAGAGCAUGUGCCUCGCUCCGACAAGAAGUUUUCAGAUGCCCUAGCAACAUUAGGGGCAAGAGUUGACAUUCCAGAGGAAGAGGCGACAAUUAUCAUCAAGAAGAGAACAGAACCUUCAAUAAUAUCCGAAGAUAAAGACCUUCCGGAGGAUUGGAGAGGAGAAGUCCUCGAACAACUCAUAAGCAAAGUUAGAAAACUGACCAUGGCCAAGCUUGCCCAAUUCAUAAUUAUUCAAGGUGAACUCUACUUCCGAGGGGGUACCAGAUUCCUAGCCCGGUGUGUUGGCCAAUAA